GGGCAACCUUCGUGAGUUCCGCGGUGUAUAGCGGAGAGUAAAGGAGAGCUUUUGGACUUAGGGUUCAGUACCGCGCCUUUUAGAAACAGGAUGGCGGCUUCGGGCGAGGCGCGCCGGGUGCUGGUGUACGGCGGCAGGGGAGCUCUCGGUUCGCGCUGCGUACAGGCCUUCCGGGCUCGCAACUGGUGGGUCGCCAGCAUCGACGUGGUGGAGAAUGAAGAGGCUAGUGCCAGUGUCGUCGUUAAAAUGACAGACUCAUUUACGGAGCAGGCUGACCAGGUCACUGCUGAGGUUGGGAAACUCCUAGGUGACCAAAAGGUGGAUGCGAUUCUCUGCGUGGCUGGAGGAUGGGCCGGGGGCAAUGCCAAAUCCAAGUCACUCUUUAAAAACUGUGACCUGAUGUGGAAGCAGAGUAUGUGGACAUCGACCAUCUCCAGCCACUUGGCCACAAAGCAUCUGAAGGAGGGAGGCCUCUUGACCCUGGCUGGGGCCAAAGCUGCCUUGGAUGGGACUCCUGGGAUGAUCGGCUACGGCAUGGCCAAGGGUGCUGUCCAUCAGCUGUGCCAGAGCCUUGCAGGGAAGAACAGUGGCAUGCCACCCGGGGCUGCUGCCAUCGCCGUGCUCCCGGUUACCCUGGAUACCCCGAUGAACAGGAAAUCAAUGCCUGAGGCGGACUUCAGCUCCUGGACACCCUUAGAGUUCCUGGUUGAAACCUUCCAUGACUGGAUCACUGGGAACAAACGGCCAAGCUCAGGAAGCCUAAUCCAGGUGGUAACCACAGAAGGGAGGACAGAGCUUACUCCAGCGUACUUUUAAGCCUCAUCUCAGUGCCUGGGAGGGCCCCUCCCGAAACAUCACUAACCUGUCUGUCACCACAUCUGGCCCCAUGUUUUGUCUAUUCCUGUUUGUGGCACGAGAUAUCCAGUCCUGUUUGUCUCUUACAUAGCAUUCCUAUGCCGUCCUGGGAUGCUGUGGUGUGUUUAUGGGAUGUAAGCAGAGGCCUGUAGUAGCAACUAUCAGUGCUGAGGGCCCAGGGAGGUGUAUGAGCAGGU